AUGCGCCUGCGAACCCAGCUCGCAGACCAGCUCGGCACCGGCCCGUGCCCAGCUGACGAGAACAAGGUCCCGAUCAUUGCCCGCGUGCUGUCGUCGCCGCCGAAGAUUAAGAGGUCGCUGUCGAGACGCUCCCUGUCUCUGUCGAGACGGAGGAGGAGGCUCGAAGAGAGCGCGGAGGAGAGCAGGUUGUACGUAGGCUUGGAGGACGGCGUGCUGGAGGAUGAGGAUGACUUUGUCGAGGAGCCGGCCACCAUUUCAGACAUAUUGCCGACGGGGGAGACGCCGUAUAGACUGGGGCUGCUAAAGUGUCAGCGCGGCGUCCCGGGUUUGGUGCUCGAGGAUGACGAGCAGGACGCGGUGAUGGAGAGGCGCGCGUUGAGAGCCAUGUUCAGUGAGGCCGGUCAUGGUAGCGGGACGCGGCGGGAUGCCGAGUUGGCAGAGCAGCAGCCGUGUAGCGUGAGGGGGUUAUUCCAGCGGGCCGCCUACGAUUUCGAGGGGACGGAGCCCAGCUUUUCGGACAUGGGUGACAACCCAAAAGUGCCCGAGGUGCCCGGAUUGAACGCGAUCGCAACUGUCGGCGAUGAUGAGUAUGGCUUUGACGACGUGGACGAGGAGGACGAAGAAGAAAACGAUGAAGCACUAUAUGAGCAAUUUCAGAAACAUAAUGAUUUGAUCGAGGUUGCAGAGGAGGACCAGCGGUACUUUGACGAGCAAAGUGACCACUACUCAUUCGAUGACUCCGUGUUCACCGAGCGAGAAGUGGCUGUGCUUCUCCUCGCGCACGACAUCGCACGCGCCUCGAAGCGCAACUCUGCGCUGAUGGCAAAGUGUCCCGACGCCCCUCCAGGGCCUCUGCUGACGGCGGCAACCGCCGCGCGUAUCGAGGACCUGUUCAAGUCGGACGCGAUCAUGGAAAUCGCUUCCGUCGUCGCUGUGUUUCACAUGCUGCAGCGGUGGACCGUGUGCUUCCCGUAUCGCGCAGAGGGCGAGUCGCUCGAGGCGCCUGUGCGGAAGUUCGUCCAAACCCCCAUCGCACACGACCUCAGCGUCGGCUCCGUCGGACAGCGCUCCGCGUCCAAGUCUUCGGCUAGCUUGCGCCGCGGCCAGGGUCGCUCAAUACGACUGCCACGGCAUACCGUCGUAAGUUUUUGA